AUGGCAUCCACACUCCCUACAACCGAGGCCCAGCUACAUCUAGAAUCUAUGGAACUUGAAGAGCUUGCCUUAGAAAAAUGUUCCCUUGCUGUGCCCCUCAUCUAUUACCCAGAAAAGUCCUCUGAGCAUGGAGCUGGAAACUUUGAAAGGAAAAUAUCAGGUGGAACUCCUGCUUGCACGAAAAGGUUCAGAAGCCUUUUAGUUACCAUUGAAAACCAUACCCCGUUGAUAGAACUAGCUCAAAGUUUAGGAACCAGAGCACUUCCUGAAAUUCUUCCAUUUCCCGAAGAAGGAACCAAAAAGUCAUACAAGUGUCCUGAAUGUGAUCAAAGCUUCAGUCAUAGUUCAUACCUCGUUUUACAUCAGAAAGCACACGCAGGAAGGAAAAAGUGUGAAUGUGAUGACUGCAGGAAGAUUUUCAAUCACAGAUCCAACCUGAGAGCUCACAAGAUAAUCCACACUGGCGAGAAGCCAUAUAAGUGUGCACAGUGCGGCGGCAGCUUCCGCCAGCCCUCGCACCUGUCUCAGCACAGGAAGACUCACCCGAAGGAGAAAAUCCACAGGUGUGGCAUAUGUGGAAGGGGGUUCACGAGGCUCCGGGGACUGUCACAGCAUCAGAAAACCCACACUGCCACAAAAGCCAGCGAUAAAUACGUCGGUCAGAGAACAAAUCUGGCUUUGCCUGAGGAAAAGCACGGGUCAGCCGCCCAGCAGCCGUGCAGUCCCGGCAGGAAAUGCUUUGGGCAGCCCUCAUACCCCUGCCCGGGAGAGGCCACAAGGACAAUCUGAACACUAUAGCAGUUGGGGGGAAAUUUUGCUUUCCUUCUCAAAAUUCAAACCCUUAAAGUGUCCUGAGUGUUCGAAGACCUUUCUUUCUACCUCUGAGUUUAUCUCUCAUCAGAGCAUUCACAGUGGGGAAAAGCCCCAUAAACCCAAAACAUGCACAGAAAGUUUUAUUUUGGACUCAGAGCUUGCAUGCCACCAGAAGAGUCACACAGGAGAGAAACCUUUAAAAUGUACCAGGUGUGGGAGAAAUUUCAGGUUGAAAACACAUCUUACUCUCCUUCAGUGAACCCAAUCACAAAACACUGUGUAAAUAUAGCAAAUUUUCAUUAA